AUGAGACCUGUGAGGGAAGAGAGCGGCGGCGACACCGUUCUGAAGGCGGACUUUGGCGGUUUUGGUGGCGGAGAAGGAAGGGAGGUUGAGAUGAGUGGUCACGACGGUGAUGAAGAAGAUUCAGGUGACUUUGGACACGACGACGCCGACCACAGAGAAGGCAAAGAAAUCGCCGGCGACGACGACAACAGAGAUGGCAAAGAAAUCGCCUGCGACAUGUGGAGAGUAAGUUCGCCCGAAAAAAAAUUAUAG